GCAGUGUGGAGGAGAGGAGAGGGGGUCUGCCUGAACAGUCCUGAGUCUUGUUGGAGGCUGGCUACACUGCAGUGAGCUGGGAGGGGGAGCUAGUGAGAGGGUAGAGGGGUCUUGAAGGGGAGAGGAGGAAAAGCAGCAUCAGUCUGGGCAGCUAUGCACCAAGCCGGGACAGUGUGACAGAGGAGAGGGGAGCUGGGAUUUGGGCUGUGCUGCAAAGGGAUGCAGAGUGGAGCUUCCACUGCAGCAGGGAAGCGAGAUCGAAACAGAGAGGGCGACUGAAGGACAGGCAGGCAGGAGGCUACAGAGACCCAGUAUUAGACCUCCAACCUCUACCACAUUGUGGCCCGACCGCUUGCCCAUGGGAGAGACCACCGAGCAGACAUGGACUCAAGACCGGAUGGGUGAGAUCCAACCAGGAUCAGGGAUGGGAUCAGCUCAUCUGCUAUCCUCCUGAACACUUAUCUCUGCCUAAAACUCUCAGCUGUUGGGUGAGACUGGGAUCUGAGGGCCUUCAUGCCCUGAGACUGUCCAGGUAGAUAGAGGGAGAGGAGGAGGGGCAGGGGGAGGUGGGACAGGGGAGGCGGAGGAGAAGGAGGCUGAGAGUGAAGUAGAGCUGUAUUUUUGGAUGAGAGACUCCCGAAUUAAGCGAGCUGGAAUAAAGAUGUAGUGUGAGUGGGAAGCAGAACAAGUAGUGUGCUGUGCUGCAGAGUGUGGUUGAGUGGGGCAGACCGGGAGCCGGGGGUGGACAAACGGACACACAGGCGGCCUGACGGAGCUGCAGGGGUGACUCCAGUGGGGGAGACAGAGCCUGAGCAGUCUACUGGAUCAGGAAGCCUCUGUAGAUGGCCCCUGUCCCACAGCCCAAAUGCUCAUUCAGUCUGCACCAGCCUGCCAUCAUACCUGAGAAUACAAUCCAUUCAUUCUGCUGGAGGGGCACAUUACACCUGCAAAUACCUACCUGGGACCUGGGUAGCUACCUGUGCCUGUGCUUGGCUCUCCUCUGUGAAUGCUGAACUGCAGCUCACCCUAGAGCCACUGGAUUACACAGCAGAUUCUUCAUUUGAAUGGGACAUCCAAGAUAGAGGAGAUACUCCAGGAGAUACUCCAGGAGAUGUAUAUUUAGCUAGCAGGGACAGAAAAAGCCUUGAUCAUGAACUGAAAUCCUGCUUCUCCAGCAGUCACCAUUACCACCACAGUGGCGUCGCGCAUCUCUGCAUGCCUGGCACAUAUCUCAGCCUGUAUGGAGCCAUCCACCACCUCAAGCUCAACUUCGACAAGACAGAGCUGCUCUUCCUCCCAGGGAAGCCUGUUCCAAGACCUCUCCAUCACGGUUGACAACUCCACUACAAGACCAUGAUGCCCUCUCGCUGUAGGACUGUGCUGCAUAUCGUGACGACUACCCUCUUCGCCGCUGUGGUCCUGUUUGGGAUCCUGCUGGCUUACGUGACUGGCUACCAGUUCAUCCACACAGAGCAGCACCACCUGUCUUUCGGCCUGUAUGGAGCCAUCCUGUCUCUGCACCUCUUCCUCCAGAGCCUGUUUGCCUUCCUGGAGCACAGACACAUGCGCAGCCCCGCCCGGCCCCAGCACCUGCGGCGCUCCGUGGCCCUGUGCAUCGCUGCCUACCAGGAGGACCCAGACUACCUGAGGAAGUGCCUCCGCAGCGUGCGCCGCAUCUCUUUCCCCGGCCUGAAGGUGGUGCUGGUGGUGGACGGGAACAGGCUGGAGGACGGCUACAUGAUGGACAUCUUUCAGGAAGUGAUGGGUGGAGCGGACCAGGCCGGCAGCGUGGUGUGGAAGGGGAACUAUCACAGUGACGGGGGUGGAGGGGUGGGCGGAGGGGGGGCCAGAGCAGCGUCCCUGCAUGCGGAGGAGGCUGCACGUGUGGCCAGGCUGGUGAGGAACUGUCGCUACUCCUGUAUCAUGCAGGAGUGGGGAGGGAAGAGAGAGGUGAUGUACACAGCUUUCAAAGCCCUGGGAGACUCUGUGGACUAUAUGCAGGUGUGUGACUCAGACACAGUUCUGGACCCAGCGUGCACCAUAGAGAUGCUGAAGAUUCUAGAAGAGGAUGCAAAGGUGGGGGGAGUAGGUGGAGAUGUUCAGAUCCUGAAUAAGUAUGACUCGUGGCUCUCCUUCCUGAGCAGUGUGCGUUACUGGAUGGCCUUCAACGUGGAGCGGGCCUGCCAGUCCUACUUUGGCUGUGUGCAGUGUAUCAGUGGUCCCCUGGGCAUGUACCGCAACUCUCUGCUGCAGCAGUUCCUGGAGCCCUGGUAUCACCAGACCUUCCUGGGCAGCAAGUGCAGCUUCGGUGACGACCGCCACCUCACCAACCGCGUGCUCAGCUUCGGCUACAAGACCAAGUUCACCGCUCGCUCCCAGUGCCAGACUGAAACGCCAACGCGCUACCUCCGCUGGCUCAACCAACAGACCCGCUGGAGCAAGUCCUACUUCAGGGAGUGGCUGUACAACGCUCUCUGGUUCCACAAGCACAGCCUCUGGAUGACCUAUGAGUCUGUGGUGACAGGCUUCUUCCCCUUCUUCCUGGUUGCCACUGUGAUCCACCUGUUCUACCGUGGGCGCCUGUGGAACAUCCUUCUCUUCCUGUUGACAGUGCAGUUGGUUGGCAUGGUGAAGGCUACCUACGCAUGCUUCCUGAGGGGCAGUCUGGUCAUGAUCUUCAUGUCUCUCUACUCCCUCCUCUACAUGUCCAGCCUGCUGCCAGCCAAAAUCUUUGCCCUGCUCACUAUCAACAAGGCUGGCUGGGGUACGUCAGGGCGGAGGAAGAUUGUGGUGAACUUCAUUGGGGCAGUGCCUGUCACAGUGUGGGGAGCUGUGCUGCUGGGUGGGGUGGCAUACACCAUCUACUGUGAGACCCAGGAGCCCUUCAGUGAGACAGAGAAAGCCCUGCUCAUCGCUGGGGCCAUCCUGUACGCCUGCUACUGGGUCAUCCUGCUGGUUCUUUACCUGGCUAUAGUAGCCAAACGCUGCAACAAGAGGGAGGAGCAAUACCACCUGCCGUAUGCAGAGGCAUAAGACAUGGAUCAAUUGUCAAUGUUUCAAUGGUGCUGCUGGAACAGCUGAGCCAGUCUUUGGCCCCACCCCUCUCAUGCCAUUCUGUCUCCAUGGUGCUAAACCUCUGGUUCUAAGGGACAUAUGUGGUAUGAAUGUGUUGUAGAGUGCUCUACCAGUGGUCAUGAGUUACAAGGGCAUGGUGCUUUCCAUAGAUAUAAAGCACAUUAUCAAACAACCCGUUUACAAGAGAUUGUAAGCGCUAUGACACAGGCCUGGAGGUUUGGGCUUAUCGAAACAAGUAUAUGUGUCAGUAUGAACAGUAUGAAGCAGUGUUGAUAUGUCUCCAGCAUGAGUGGAAUAACUGAACAUAGAGACAGUAAGACACAUGUACGGAGGGCCCUAUUUGCCUCAAUCAGGUGACACAAUGAUCUACAGUUGUAUUUCUGUAAUACAGUAAUUUAAAGACAAUCCAACAUUUAUACAUAACAUAACUCAUAAAUACAUUUUUCGUGCUGUUGAACAGUGCCCAAGAUAAAAGCUCAUAUGGUAAUAGUCCAAUCUUCAAUCGCCCGCAAGGAUAUUUACAUCCAAUUGAAUGAGUCAGUUCAUUUUGUGUGGGCAUUUUAUUGUAUGGGUGCCACGUUGUAUACACAUUACAUACAGUAUCAAUGCUCAAUACAGGAUAUAAUUUACCAACUGAGGAUAAUCCAUCAUUCAUUCCAUCAUGUAAACUGCUAUGACCAAAGACCACUUGUUUUUUGACGCAUGCCUUACCAUUAGUAUAAUACAAGUACUAACUCCACAUUUCUGUUAUUAGUUGUUAAAUCCAGAAUAAGAAAAUAGAAAACCAUGAUCCCCUUUUAUCAAGGCCAUUGGUAUUAGUGUAGGUGCCAUGUCUAAGUUGACAUGUUUUUGUUGUUGGAGAAUGGAGAUACUGUCGUGGAAGUUUACGUUCUUGUGCUUUUUAAGUUGUGUUAAUAUUAUUUUAUUCAGUGAGAAUUGCAUAACUUGAAAGUGCAAACAAGACACAAGAAAUAACGCUUGUUUACAGGGUGGCUCAGCCUCUCUCUACCAAUGGUGCAGUAGGUCAAUUUGACAGUACAGUAUAGUUCCAUGACCACACAAAGGAGAUCAAAGGUGUUAUGACUUUCUUUCCCUUUUCACAGUCUGAAUAGAUAUUAAAGUACAAACUUGGUAGGCGGCCAUCCAUAUGCAUUUGCAGUGUUGUCUUGGCUGUAAAUCAGAGUUAGCUGUUAUUGGGGCUCAAAACUGCAACCUCAACAUUAACCACAGGAAUAAUGUCCCCUGACACGAGACACAAGAUUGUUUGCAAUUCAUUCAAGUAUUGGUGGCCAUGAAUUGUGAACACACCAUUUUUGUUGUUUUUCCCAUACUGAAAUUGGAGUUAAAUCGAUAAAACAGCUCCCCCAAAAAAUGCUAUACUUUGAAGUUAUUUCCUGAAUGCAAGUAUACUCGCAAUUUAAGCGGUCAUGAAUGGGUUUUGUUUUAGGCGGUGCAUUUAAAAACGUGUUGGAGUCACAAGGCCAGAGAGUGUGAGUGGGGGUGGAAGUGGCCAUGCGCAGAGGGGGGAAGUGAUUUACUGUGUGGCUGGAUGAAUUGGCCUCUUGUCAAGAGAAUUUUCAAUCCCAAUGAUAAUAACUAACAAUCAAUAAGCUUUAACUAAUCCCCAAGGUUUGUAAGACACUGGGUUAAUAAUAAUUAGGCAAAGACUCAGCUUAUGCAAAAGGUUCAUACAGUUUAUUCAGAGAACGUUCUGAAGUCCAUAAUACAGAGACAUUCAUUUUAUAGUUCAUUUCCUACUUACGCACAUACAUCCACACAAACAGUAGAUAUCCUACGCACAUACAUACACACGAACAGUAGGUGAGUUGUAUCCCUCCCCAGAGUUCUCACCACUGUUUAUCACUACCCAGCGCUGUCCGUUCCAUUCCCCGAGAUUAGAGGAACCUUGAGAAGUACUCCCUGUCCUAUCAUAGGUUUCUCAGUUCUAGCCAGGUCAAGCCAAACACAGUCUUAAUUGUUCUCGGUAUUCUCUUAGGCACACACAUACACGCAUACAUUUAUCUUCCUCACAGGUCUCUACUAAACCUUAUGGGACUUACAUUUAGUACUUUAAUUAUUCAUUAUACAUGCUACAUAAACUAAUAAUCACUAAUAGGUACGUUUCAGGGUAGAAUUAUUUAAUCAUUACAUUUAAACAUAAAUCCCUUAUCACCCCUUUAGCCAUCAUGAGUAAAAAUUGUGUUUUUUACUUUUAUGGUUAUACCUCCAUCUGCAUGCCAAGAAGGGACCUCCCUUUCCCUUAAACACACACCCAUACAGCCCAUUUGGCCCUCUUUCAGAAAUCAGAACAGAAUGCAGGAACACUGAAUUUAGUGUUUAGAAUUGUGUACAGACAGCGAACUGAUCUCUUUUAAUCAUCUGACUUGUCUUCAAACGUAUAUGAGGCCUACCUUUCCCUCUACUUUCAAGGGUGUAUGUAAUGUGACUGUGUAAUAAGACUCACAGUGGUAUAGAUAUUGGGAUAACAUGAAGAAAUUAGAGGCAUAAAUAGAAUACAGAGAUGACUGUGAUUGUUGUCUGAAAUUGAGUUGUAUGGUGUGUAGAUAUCAUAUACAAUCUUUGUUAUAGUAGCCUAUCUGUCAGGCUGAACAUCUGCUCAGUCUACAAUAUUGUCUUUAAUGCCAUUUUUGAUUUCCUUGAUACUUCCUGCCUCUGAUGUACACUCAGGCCCUUGAGCUGUGACAGUUUCAGACCACUCAUGUUUGACAAUAAAUCAAUGGGUCUCAUAACGCUGAGUGACAGUAGAUGUCCACCCAUAUUUUGUAGGCAUAUCUUACAUGGAAAAACAUUCUUAUAAUAGAACUAGUUUGUAUAUAAUUAUAGAACUAUUCAAUAAGUCUUAACGUGACCUAAAAUCUAUACCAGACUUUUCUAAGCAUUCUCUCAAUGCCGCAGAACAACUGUUGAGCCUAACCAAAAAGCCAUGGCAGCUCAGCUCAUACAUCAUUCAAUGUUUACAAAAGACAAUGUUUCAAAGAAUAUUGCAAAGUAAUAUAUUUUCUGUAUUGAACAUAUUCAAAGAUAUUUUGAAGAUGCGCAAGAAUGAUGGGGUGAAGAAUCGGCUUAUAUUUAAAAGGAAUUAUGGGGUUCUGACAUUUCAUGAAACGACAGCUGUUCACAUCAUGUUUAUAAUAUGAUGUAGCUAGCACAUCAUGGUCAGUGAAUUCAGUGUAGUUUGGUCUCUAGAGCUCAACAUUGCUACACUGGUAUUUGUGUAGUUACAUGGAUGAGAGAUAAGACUUAUUUUAUAUUACCAUUUAGGAAUGAUACGUAGAUUUAGAAGAGGUAGGUGUAACUGUCAUGUAGAAGUAAUUAACCAACAGAUAACAUUUCUAACACAGUAGCAUGGUUAAAAAAAAAACUCUCAAUCAAGCAACAGCAUAUGGCUAUUGAUACACAACAUAACAAAUAUAGUUUCAUUGGUAUAGAAUAGCUGAAAAUAAAGUAUUGUAACCACCCAUGUAUUUCAUUAUGAACAUAUUUAAAUGCAGUAUAAAAAAACAUGUUUUUGGCAAAAGGUUUUGUAUUUCAAUUUCAAUCAGAACAUUUAUUUUUUACACUUGUACAGCGGUUGAAAAACGGUAUGUUUUUGUAUCUGAAUAAAAACAUUCUCAUUC